AACACUCUCCUAUUUCUCUUAGCCAAGUGUCCACUUGUUGACAGAUGGCCUCUGAUCAAUUUCAGAUGAAAUGAAUUCUCUGGAUUCUUCCUUGAAUGCAAAUCGAAGAUGGAAUGUGCCUUCAAUCAGUACAUUUUUUGACUCAACUUCUUCAUGGUGAAAAAGCUCAUGUUGGGGGGAGAAAAAUUGGAUUGAAUCCUGACCAGAUUUUGCCUUUGGGCUGUCCAGAAUUUGACCGAGUCUUGAGAAUGGUGGAUGCCUUCCUGAGUAAAACCACAAGAUUUCCCUGUUGAAGCGACCAAGGAGGUGUUGACAUUUUGAGUGACACAGCCAAGCGUGGGGGGGGGGGGGAGGGCUUGUGAAGAAAGUUGGAACGCUGGUCUGGGCCAUUUCACAAACCCUGUGAAAAAUUGCCAAAUUGGUUUCUUACCAAAUAAAAAUGCUUUUUCUAAACUUGCUCCAUUAGCGCCUCUCCCCAUUCUUCAUCUCCAAAGCUACGGUCAACAUGGCUCCUUGGAUAGCCUUCCUCCUCAACCCAACCAUCAUCAUCUCCUUGAUUUUACUGCUGCUAUUAGCAAGUCUGUCUCUGAGCAAGCUCGGCUGGUCAUCUCGGCGUAUGCCCCCGGGACCUACCCCACUCCCUUUCAUUGGCAAUCUGCACUUGCUCAAUAUUACAAGACAAGAUGUCUCAUUUAUGGAGCUUUCCAAAACCUACGGUCCUGUCUUCACGUUCCAUUUGGGCCUACAGAAGAUUGUGGUGCUGGUUGGCUACGAGGCGGUGAAAGAGGCUCUCCUGAGCAAGGGGAACGAGUUUAUCGACAGGCCCCCGAUCCCCAUUUUCUUGGACAUCCAGCGGGAGUAUGGUUUGUUCUUCUCCAUCGGAGAACUCUGGAAGAACACGCGUCGGUUUACCUUGACCACUUUUCGAGAUCUCGGGAUGGGCACCUCACUGAUCGAAGGAAAGAUCCUUGAAGAGCUCCAAUUCCUGGUUGAGAGGGUCAACUCCUUUAAAGGCGAGCCUUUUGCAUUGAAGACCUUCGCUGAAGCUCCCACCAACAUCACCUUCACCAUCCUCUUUGGGGACAGGUUUGACUACGACGACCCAACUUUCACCACCCUCUUAAGACUCAUCCAUGAAGUGAUGAGCCUCCUGGGCGCUCCAGCCUUACAUCUGUAUAACGUCUAUCCGUUCCUGGGAUUCCUCCUCAAACCCCAUAAGGAGAUCCUGAAGAGGAUCCGGGAAGCCUGCGAGAUCAUCGAGAAGUACAUGCGAGCCAGCAAGGAGAAGCUUAGCCGGAACCAGCUGCAAAGCUACAUCGACUCCAUGCUCUUCAAGCAGCUACAAGAGGGAGAGAAUGGCAAGAAGAACACGUUCCACAACUCCCAUGUCCUGGCCUCAGUUCUGGACCUUGUCAUGGCUGGGACGGAGACCACGGCCACCACUCUGCAGUGGGCUGCUCUGAUGAUGAUGAAAUACCCUGAGAUUCAGAGGAAGGUCAAACAGGAAAUCCAGCAAGUCCUUGGAUCAGGACGCUUGCCAGUCUACGAAGACAGGAAUAAGAUGCCCUUCACCAAUGCCAUGAUUCAUGAGGUUCAGCGGUUUUCUUCUAUCGUGCAACAUUUCCCACGCUGCACCGCUGUGGACACCCACUUCCGAGGUUACUUUAUUCCAAAGGGGACGCCCGUAUUUCCUUCUCUGACAUCCUCGCUUUAUGACGAAACCCAGUGGGAGACCCCCAACAGGUUUAACCCCAACCAUUUUCUGGAUGCUGAAGGGAACUUUGUGAAGAAAGAUGCCUUCUUGCCUUUCUCAAUAGGUCGCAGGAAUUGCCUUGGAGAAAACCUGGCCAGGAUGGAACUCUUCAUCUUUGUGGUCGGGCUGUUGCAAAGGUUCACGUUUCAAGCCCUGCCUGGAAUGAGGGCAGAAGACCUGGAGCUCACAACAGUGCCUGCCUUCACCCGGAGGCCCCUUCCCUACUCCACCUGUGCUGUGCCCACCAACUAAUUCUGGGUUUCUCAACCGCAAGCCCUUUUAAGAUGUGUGGGCUUCACCUCCCAGAAUCCCCCAGCUGCUCUCUUGCCUCUUGAUUUAAUCCAAGACUAUUCUACUCUUUACCAACUACGUUAGUAACCUUGUACCAGCGUUUCUUAAGCUUGGCUACUUUAAGAGGUGCAGGCUUCAACUCCCAGAAUUCCCCAGUCAGCCAACAUUGCAAGUUGGGGGGGUCUUCCAAAACACGGCUGGCUGGGGAAUUCUGGGAGUUGAAGUCUGCACUUUCUAAAGUGUCCGAGGUUAAGAAACACGGAUCAAACACGGAUUUAGAAGCUCUUCUGUGCAGAGAAAGAGAAGGAGAGAGGGUAGGAAGGA